AUGGCGGCCAUCGUUGCCCUGGUUCUUGGGGCGAGAGCCAGACUGACCCGAGUCUGGGGUGUUGGUAUCAUGAAUGUUUCAGGGUUUGUCUUUGUGCCUCAUGGCACUGAAGGCUCAGCAAUAGUCACCGGAGACGCUGCUGUCUUCCUGACCCUGGGGCUUUUCAUGAAGGAGCCGAGGGGCCCUGCGUCAGCUGGCCAUAAGUCAUCCAUGGAGGACCGCGAGGGCAGUGUGGGCAGCAUCCGCAGCGCUGGCAGUGGGCAGAGUUCUGAAGGCACCAAUGGCCAUGGCACUGGCCUCCUUAUUGAGAACGCUCAGCCACUGCCCUCUGCCAGUGAGGACCAGGUGCGGUCAGGCCUGCACGCCCCAUCCCUGGCAGACAACCUGAGCCACCGCCCUCUGGCCAGUUAUCGCUCUGGGGAGAUCUUCACCCAGGAUGUGAGGCCAGAGCAGCUCCUGGAAGGGAAGGAUGCACAGGCCAUUCAUAACUGGUUGAGCGAAUUCCAGCUGGAAGGCUACACUGCCCACUUCCUGCAGGCUGGCUAUGAUGUGCCGACCAUCAGUCGAAUGACACCUGAGGAUCUGACGGCCAUUGGGGUCACCAAACCUGGACACCGGAAGAAGAUCGCCUCAGAGAUUGCCCAGCUCAACAUUGCUGAGUGGCUGCCCAACUAUAUCCCGGUGGAUCUGCUGGAGUGGCUGUGUGCACUGGGGCUGCCACAGUACCACAAGCAGCUGGUGAGCAGUGGCUACGACUCCAUGGGGCUGGUGGCUGAUCUCACCUGGGAGGAACUGCAGGAGAUAGGCGUGAACAAGCUGGGGCAUCAGAAGAAGCUCAUGCUAGGUGUGAGGCGGCUGGCAGAACUUCGAAGGGGCUUGCUGCAUGGGGAGGCCCUCGGCGAAGGUGGACGCCGGCUGAGCAGGGGUCCAGAGCUGAUGGCCAUUGAAGGCCUGGAGAACGGGGAAGGUCCAGCUCUGGCUGGUCCUCGCCUCCUCACAUUUCAGGGCAUUGAGCUGAGCCCAGAGCUACAGGCAGCUAUGGCAGGGGGUGGCCCGGAACCACUCCCCGUCCCACCUGCCCGUUCUCCCAGCCAGGAAAGCAUUGGUGCACGCUCACGGGGAUCUGGUCACUCACAGGAACAGCCUGCCUCUCAGCCCAGUAUGGGUGACCCCAGUGCCCCACAGGAGAGGAACCUUCCAGAGGGUACAGAGCGCCCCUCUAAGCUUUGUUCCCCACUCCCUGGCCAAGGACCUGCCCCUUAUGUCUUUAUGUGUCCACAGAGUUCACCCUCUAGCCCAGCCCCAGGGCCCCCUCCUGGUGCUCCCCGGGCCUUCUCCUAUUUGGCUGGCUCUCCUGCCGCUCCUCCAGACCCGCCUCGGCCCAAACGCCGGUCCCACAGCCUGAGCCGCCCUGGCCCUGCUGAGGGGGAGACCGAGGGGGAGGCUGAGGGGCCAGUGGGUGGUGCCCUGGGCAGCUAUGCCACCCUUACUCGGAGACCGGGACGCAGCACCCUUGCCCGGACUAGCCCUAGCCUGACCCCAACCCGAGGGACCCCCCGAAGCCAGUCCUUUGCCCUCCGCGCCCGUCGUAAAGGACCCCCGCCCCCGCCCCCCAAGCGCCUCAGUUCGGUCUCUGGCUCCACCGAGCCCCCUUCACUAGAGGGAAGCCCAGGACCCAAGGAAGGGGCCACGGGUCCCCGGAGGCGAACACUGAGUGAGCCAACAGGCCCCUCAGAGCCCCCCGGUCCCUCUGCCCCAACUGGCCCUGUGUCGGACACAGAAGAAGAGGAGCCUGGGCCUGAGGGAACAUCCCCAUCUCGGGGCAGCUCAGGAGAAGGGCUACCAUUCGCAGAGGAAGGGAACCUGACUAUUAAGCAGCGGCCGAAGCCAGCUGGUCCCCCGCCCCGGGAGACACCUGUACUCCCUGGCCUUGACUUCAACCUCACAGAAUCCGACACUGUCAAACGGAGGCCCAAAUGUAAAGAGAGAGAGCCACUCCAGACUGCACUGUUGGCCUUUGGGGUAGUGGGUGGUGACACCCCCAGCCCCUCUGCUCCCCUGCCCUCCCAGGCCCCCUGUGAAUCUCCCUCAACUUCCUCUAACCCUCCACGGUCUGAGCCUAGCAGCCUUCCAUCUCAAGGAACUCCAGGCCCUUCUCCCAGCCCCAUGUCUCAGCCCCCCGGCCACCAAGGGACCUCUGCUGGGCCAGCUUUGGCAGCAGGCAGUCGGCUGAAUGUGGAGACAGAGCCUCCAGCUGCCCCUGCUGCCCUCCUCAAAGUGCCUGGAGCAGGAACAACUCCCAAGCCUGUGUCUGUGGCCUGCACUCAGCUGGCAUUUUCUGGCCCAAAGCUGGCUCCCCGGCUUGGCCCCCGCCCGGUACCUCCUCCAAGGCCCGAGAGUACUGGGCCUGUGUGUUCAGGCCGGGCCCAGCAGAGACUGGAGCAGACCAGCUCAUCCUUGGCAGCUGCGCUCAGGGCAGCUGAGAAGAGCAUUGGCACCGAGGAGCGAGAGGGCCCCACAGCGACCUCUACCAAGCACAUUCUGGACGACAUUAGCACCAUGUUUGACGCCCUAGCUGACCAGCUGGAUGCCAUGCUGGAUUGAGCAAGACCGGCUUGUGGCCCUCCCUCCCAUGGUACCCACGGUGGCCUGCCAGUGUUCACCGCCUGUGGCCCAACAUGGAAGAAGACCCUGGCACCCACAGAACAGGCUGGGGGUUGGUUGAGCUGGAGUACCCUUCUGCGGCAGAGGCCCUCCUGCGGCUUCAAGCAGUGGCUGUCAGACCCAAACGGGGCUGAAAGGACUUGUCAGAGCCUGACUGAAGGGCCUCAGCUGUAAGGGAGCAAGGCCCCUCCUGUGUACAGCUGACUGCUCAGCUUUGGCCCCUGAACAGGGACCCUGGUGAGAGCACUCUCUAGGAGGAGGUAGCCGCAGGGCUUUUCGGAUGCUUGCGCCUCCCCGCCCAGUCUAAAGCCUCGGUGCUGAGGGAAUUCUGGCCACCCACUGAGCUGCUCUAGGGCUCUGGGAGGCUGUGAGGAAGCUGUGUACUUGGCUGGUCCCUUCCGUGCAAGUGUACAUAGGUGAUGUAAAUACACAGCAGGGACAUGCCUUUCUGCCAGUGCCCAGUGACCUUGUCACCUCCUGCCCUUCUGGCCAUCCCACCCGGGGAGGCAGUGCUGGCCAGGGUCAGAGGCAGUGAGGUUAACAGAUAGAUCCCCAGUGCCCAAACUUUCACAACUGUACAUAGUAUUUUUCAAGCAGAGAGAAAUGCAUAUAUUUUAAAUGGAAUUUAUUCUAUCUAUUAACUGCCUGAGGAAUGCACUGGGGAAGAAGGCCUUCACACCACAGAAGAACCUCUACUCACCUCCUGCCGGAGGACCCAGUUGGUCCAGGCCCAGGAUCUGUAACUAUUAACCUCGUCCCCAACUAACACCAAUGAAAGUGCCAUUCCGCGGGACCGGGCUGUGUUUCGGAUCUGUGCGUCAGACCUCCCAAUCCGGGACUCUCCCUUCACCCAGACCUUGGGGCACUCAGCAGUGUGGAGGGAUGGUGACUGCAGCCUUGGGAAGGGAGCCCUUCAUGGAUGUUUCAUGAAUCUACCACAGGUUUUUCUUAAAGCAAUUUACAAUUUUAAUAUAAACCAGUUGUCAUUCA